GAAGGGGCCGAGAAAGCCGAGGAGACGGAGCAGAUGAUCGAGCCCGAGGCUGCUGAAAACGGAGGCGGAGGAGGAGGUGGUGGCGGCGGCGGCGGCGGUGGAGGCACCGGCGGGGCCCCCGGCAGCCCCCGGGCGGCGGAUGCCAAGGAGAUGCGCGCCGUGGUGCUCUCCGCCUUCGGGGGCCUCAACAAGCUCCGGGUCUCCAAAAAAGUCAUGCCGGAGCCUCAAGAAGGGGAGCUCAAGCUGCGCGUCAAAGCCUGUGGAUUAAAUUUUAUUGACUUGAUGGUUCGCCAGGGGAACAUUGACAAUCCGCCCAAGACACCGCUUGUUCCUGGAUUCGAAUGCUCUGGAAUUGUAGAAGCUCUGGGUGACAAUGUGAAAGGCUACGAGAUUGGAGACCACGUCAUGGCUUUUGUCAACUAUAAUGCCUGGGCAGAGGUGGUGUGCACGCCUGUGGAAUUUGUGUACAAAAUCCCCGAGGAUAUGAGUUUCUCUGAAGCUGCUGCUUUUCCUAUGAACUUUGUAACUGCGUACAUGAUGCUCUUUGACGUCGCCAACCUGCGAGAGGGCAUGUCGGUGCUGGUCCACUCUGCAGGGGGUGGAGUGGGACAAGCUGUUGCUCAGCUCUGCUCAACCAUCCCCAAUGUUACUGUCUUUGGAACAGCUUCUUCCUUCAAGCACGAAGCAAUCAAAGAUUCUGUAACUCACCUCUUUGAUCGGAAUGCAGAUUAUGUCCAAGAAGUUAAAAAGUAAGUAAUUCUCCAAUGUUGCUGUGGGAAUAUGGCAGGGAAGGGACAGGGAAGAAUCAGAAAUCCAUUGGCUACAUUUCUAGGCUCAUCAAACAUGGUUACUGGGGAGACCAAAAGUUUCUUCAGCUUUGCAAAAUCGUGGUGGCAAGUGGAAAAAGUGAACCCCAUCAAACUAUAUGAAGAAAACAAGGUCAUGGCAGGAUUUUCUCUCUUGAACCUGCUUUUCAAACAAGGCCGGAGUGGCUUGAUAAGAAAUGUAAUGGACAAACUCAUAACACUGUACAACGAGAAGAAGAUCAAGCCGCUGGUUGAUUCACUGUGGGCACUGGAAGAGGUGAAGGAAGCAAUGCAAAGAAUCCAUGACAGAGGCAAUAUAGGGAAAUUAAUUCUGGAUGUGGAGAAGACGCCCACUCCGUUGAUGGCCAAUGACAGCACAGAAACCAGCGAAGCUGGAGAAGAGGAAGAAGACCAUGAGGGGGAUAAUGAGAACAAAGAACGUAUGCCAUUCAUCCAGCAAUAGCUGUGGGUGACGGGAGUGAAAGCCGGAAGAAAGGAAAGAGCAGAAGAAGGGAAAACAACUGGGAAAAUCCAUUUUGUGCACCAGUGAACAAAUGCUCUAGUACAGUGGUUGUUUUUUUUGUCUGCAGUCAGCUGAGCUCUAAGCUGUUGAUCAUUAAUGUUUCGAACUCAAGUGCCAUUCCCACCCAGUACCGUAUUACGACAUUCCGCCAUGUGUCAACCAACCACUUUUCCUGUAAUUGUCUGGUCAAGCUCUUUUCUAAAGCCUUAUUAACAUCCACAUUAAUUUGAGACGUAAUCUCUCCUCACAGGCUUUUCAAAAGCAAGUGUUCUAGUUUAGCUAGUUUAAAAGGGCGAAUCGGCCUUAAAAAAAGUAGCUACUUUGUUGGCUAGUGCAGAGAAAUGAUGAUUAAGUGAGGUAGUCAAAAGUGUAACACCCAUUAUAUUCCAGCAGGUGAGUUACUCGCUCCCCUAAACUCACUCCCCACAAACACUGGCAUAAGGGAAGAAACAUGCACAGAUCUUUUGUUGUUGCACAUUAGGUAGUGUGUGAACUGGGCACCUUGUGCAUAGAUCGAGGCAUGAAUAUGUUUACCUCCUAUAAGCAUUCUUGCCUUUAAAAUAGGGGCAAGGGAGACUUGGUAAGAAUUAGGCUUCCAUACAUAUAAAUCUGUCCAUUGGCCUCAUGCUGUGCCAUGUGUCAAAAAGGAGAAGAUUUUUGCUCUCCAGAUGUUCUGAUCUAUAAUUCCCCUAAUCAUUUACCCUUGGCUAUCUUAUCUAGGGCUUUGGGGAGCUGAAUUUCAAAAGAUAUUCCUAUCCCCAUCUUAUGUACAUGGAGGGGGGUAAACGUAUACCACCCAUUCCCUCUGCUACAAAAAUUACUUCCUUGCAGUAGGUUGAAGUAUAAGACAACCCAAUAUCAAGGGCAUCUCCAUGUACACAAAGACACAGAUGUCUUCUUUUCUUCCCUAAAGGGUGAACCUAAUGGAAAUGAUCUUCAAAAAUGGAUACAUAUAUGGAAUUGCCUACAAAACAGGCAUAAAUUGGUCUGUUCCAGUUUAGACAAGACCUCUGUGUGUUUACGUGUGAUGUGAAGUAUGCAGGAAACUUGGUCCUUCACCCAUCUAUCCCACCCUCAUAUGAUACUUCGUCUAAUAAUCAAUCAAGUCCCUCUUAAUUUUCCAAGAAGAAAAGAAAACACAUCAUUUCUACUAUGUUUGCUGUACAAGGAAACAGGCUUUAAAAAGACACGGAGGUGCACAGACAGAUACAACUAUGUGUACAGUAGUGGUCCAAACCCACUAAUUAGUGGAAAUUUAAUUCCAACAUGGUGCCAACAAAUGUUUACAGUUGUCUAGUUUUAAUUGCCUUAUGAAGGACAACCUUCCUCCCCCUCCCCCAAUCAGUUCACAAUUGGAAAGCUCGUUGGCCACAAAUGUUUUCUCUUGGUACUUGAAAAGCAAAAAGUUCAUUUUCCUUGUGAUUUAAAGUUGUCCAGUGGUGAUCACCAGAGGAAGCCAUUUGAAGAAUGCUUCUUUGGUGAUCCUGAAUCCAAGCACUAAAACAGCAACUAACUAAUUGAUGUAUGCCCUGAGCAUUUCUUCUCUCAAUACAAAGCCCUUCACCGCACACUGAUCUAAAUAAAAAAGUGUGUCAGACCUCAAGGGGAAAGGCCUUAGGCCACAGUGUCUUGCCUUUCUAUUCUUGUGCGGUUCAUCCCUGACUCUAUAAUUCUACAAUCACAUGCCUUACCAAUUAAAAAGAAUAUUUUACCUGCCCAACUGAACCAUUAAAUUAAAAUUAUUUUUUUCCCCUCCAAAACAUUGUAAAGUUGGGGGAAGGCAAUCAAUGGCUACUAUUCCUGACAAGGUCAAACGUAGAGGACUUCAGAUUAGAUAUGGGUCCAAACUGCUAAUUUGGGUGAUUUGGCCCGGUUUGUUUACCACCGCAACAGGCGUUCGAGGGUUCUGUGGCCCACCCGCUCUGGUGGGCGUCCAUUCAGAGGCAGUGCCCAGAGGAGGUAGGAGAGGGAAACCACGGCUCUGCCUCCCUGUGGGUGCCUGCUGGAGGAGGCAGGGCGGAAAGUGUUGAACACCUCUAGCAGCAGUCAACAAACCUGGCUGAAGCACCGAACCAUCUCUACUUCAGAUUAGCACGGCAUCUCAUUAUUAGCAUUUCCAUUCUGGUGUUUUUUCUAAUUUUCCUAUAUCUGUAUCCUUGGUAUAACUGUGUUCUUGUAGUGAUACAAUUUGAAACUGGAUGACAGAUUGUUAUAUGGAGAGCCUACUAGAGUUUAGUUCAAUUCUAAAUCAGCAAAGCUAUAUGUAUAUAUAAACAAAGUUUCAAUGUGAAAAAUGCCAAAAAGGGGGGGAUGGGGAGCAGUCAGCCAUUCGUCGUUAAAUAUUCCAAGGAGAUACUAAUUUCUGUGAACAAAUCAGCGCAGUUUCAUCAUCUCCUUUCGUCCCAUUCCUCCAGUAAAGUAUAGACGUGCCAUAUUAGGCUGCACUUUAUAGUCUGUUAUCUGGCCAGAAUUAUUCUAAUAGGAAUCUCACAGCCACUGGGAUUGCAGCCAAUUUUUUUAGGAGAAAUAGCCAUUCAGUUUUAAUGAGGUCUGCAUAGAAAGAGAGGGAAGAAAAAAAAAACCCAGUAUGUAAUGGGCAUUGCAAUCAUAAAUGUGGCGGGAUUGAGACCA